AAACGGAGUAGAUGUCCAUUAGGCGCCACAACUUAUGCUGCUUUUCUGAGUUUAGUUCCAUGGACGCUUUAAGAGCUACAUUGGAUAGUACUGAUGGUCAAGUGGCUACUGUUAGUCGAACUAGUUCACCACCUCCUUUGGAUCUUCUCAGUCCUCCUCCCGUUGUUGCUGAAUAUUGGUGUCAUACGCAAGUAAUUCAUUCCUUCCUACCAUUCUCUAUACUUUCGAAAGGUGCGUGUAACAAAGAUGAAAUACGUUUGGACGAUAAGCAAUUUUAGCUUUUGUCGCGAAGAGAUGGGAGAGGUUGUAAAGAGCUCAUUUUUUUCUUGUGGCCCUAAUGAUAAGUUGAAAUGGUUAGUUUACAGCGUUAUUCUUAUGUUGUUUGUGUUUCCUCUACUUAUCAAGGUGUCUUAGAAUAAAUCCAAAGGGCUUAGAUGAAGAAAGCAGAGAAUAUUUAUCACUGUAUCUUUUACUGGUUAAUUGUGGAACUAAAAGCGAGGCCAGAGCAAAGUUUAAAUUUUCUAUCUUGAAUGCAAAGCGCGAAGAAACAAAAGCAAUGGGUUUGUAUUGAUAGUAACGCCUACUAAUUUCCUCCAUCUUAUCUAAAGAAAGUCAACGCGCUUAUAGGUUUGUGCAAGGCAAGGAUUGGGGUUUCAAGAAGUUUAUUCGUCGAGAUGUUCUCAUGGAUGAGGCCAAUGGUCUUUUACCAAAUGACCGCUUGACGAUUUUAUGCGAGGUUUCAGUCGUGGGCGAGAUUCUUUCGGAAAGUGGACAGGUUAACAAUCAGCCUAUCACCGUUCCAGAAUGCAAUUUACAUGAAGAUAUUGGAAGCUUGUUAUUUAAACAACUGCUGACUGACGUUACUUUAGUUGUUGUUUCUAAUAAUCCACCAAACGGGAAAUGUUUAAGUGAUUGUUCUAUAUCUCAUGUACACCAACAUUCUUGUGCCUCAGGUCAUACUUUACCCGGCUUCAGUUCUGUAAAUGAACAAGUAACCAAAUUCUCAGCUUACGAAUCAACAGGCGAAGAAGAUGAAGAUGAAUUAGAUGAAGGUGAAGAAUUUGAUGAUGAAGAUGACGAUGACGAAGAUGAAGAUGAACAACAAGAGAAUGAGAGUGAACGUGAAGAGGAUACACAAUCCAGUUAUAGAGAAUCACAGUUAACUUUCCUGGUUGAAGAUGAGAUUCAUUUAGCUUCUAAUGGUAAUAAUAAUAACGAACAAGGUGAAGCAGAAGCAGCUACAGCAACUCAUCGAACUUUAGCCACCAGUGAUAAUCAUGCUUCCAGUACUUCAUCUCAUCCUAAUCAUCAACUAACGCAUGUUAUGUCCUCAACACUGACUCCAGCCACAACAACAAAUGUACCAACUAAAGGUGUAAUAGUUCCUAUUGCUUCUACUAAUCCUAGUCCAUUGUUAGUCCCAUGUACGGGUGGUGCUUCAGAUCCAUCCUCAGUAAAACAAUUUCCGUUAGAUAAUUCAACUAACAAUGUUUCUAAUGGUGAUUGGCGUUCAGCCACAUCUUCCAGCUUUGUUUCUACUCAAGGGCACACAAAUCGUGACGAUCAAGAAGUGAAAUCAAAUGGUAUUUGUGAUGUCAGUCAGAGGACUUCCGAUGGCACAUGGUCUUCGUCCAAAAAUGGUGUUCAUCGGUGCCGGAUGUCCGGUUCAGUGCCGUCCACAUCUUCUGCCUUGCCGACAACUACUGAUUCUUCAUCAUCUUCCACUUCAAGCGUUAAGAUAAAACAAACUGCUGGACAUAACGCGGAUGUCGGAAGCAGUAGUACAACUACAAGUAGCACAACCAUUAGUCAAAGUAGCUCUCUUGUCAACACUGUAUCUACUCCUUUAAUUACUUCGAAAGAGGAAUCUGAAGAUACCGAGGAGUCUGUUGAAGCGGAAACCUCUGGUACUUCUAGUCGUGUACGGCGUAGUACACGUAGAAGAAACACUACUUCAACUACCACAACUUCGAAUCGUCCACGCAACCGGAAUAGUCGGGAUUCAUCACUUUUGGCUACAGUUUCAAAGGUUGCUUCAACCACUUCAUCUCAUUCUAAUCUCGUCGCUACUCCAUCGAGCUCUACAGCGUGCUCAUUGGGUACAACAAAUCAGACUGUGAAGUGUUCUAGCAUGGGUACCGGUAAUAGUAGUAGUUCAACGGUAAACGGAGCUUCAAGUUCCAGUGUUGUACUUCGCCAAUUCGAAGCACACAAAGCUAUUCUAGCCGCUCGAAGCCCAGUUUUUGCCGCGAUGUUUGGACACGGCAUGGAGGAGUCCAGAGCGAAUAGGGUGGAAAUCACGGACAUGGAGCCAGAUACCGUUGCAGAAGUUUUGCGAUACAUAUAUACGGGACAAGUUGUUGGUAUGAAUCGACUUGCUCACGAGUUAUUGGCCGCGGCUGACAAGUACCAAUUAGAACGAUUAAAAACAAUGUGUGAAGAGGCUCUUGUGGAAAGUCUUUCUGUAGAGAAUGCGUGUGAUAUAUUUGGACUUGCUGAUAUGCAUAAUGCAGAACAAUUGAAAGCACAUACGCUAGAAUUCAUAAUGCUCCAUGCUCAUGAUGUGUGCGAAACUGAAGGCUAUGAACAGCUGGUCCGACAUCGUCCACGUCUACUAAAUGAGUGCUUUCGAAGUUUAGCUUCACAACAACUCCCUCUUCGAUGUUGGGCUCGUAAACGUCCAAGGCAAUCAUAAAUUAAUAAAAAAAGCACAUUUCUAAAUGACCUAUCAAUAACAUCCCCUGUGUAUUAAAAUUUCCCUUAUCCUGAACUCCAUGUUCUUUAUAAUUUUCCUUUUCUACAUAUCUUUCCUCUGUUUUCAAAUCAUUUAUCUUACAUAAAGUAAUAAAAAAAAGUAGGAACCUAUUAAUUACUUUUUGUGCUUUUCAAUAUUUUAUGGAUGACCUAAAACUCUAAAGCAUUUUUGUUCUUUGUUUCCUAAUUAGAAUUAUUUUGGUUCAGGAAAAAUCAAACAAACAUUCAAGUUAUCUUCUUCCGUUGGGUAUCUAGUUGCCUAUUAGUCUAAAUUUGUUACCUUCCUCUAACUUGUGCUUCUUGCUUAAUCUUUUCAUAUUUUGUGCGUUGUUUGAUCAUUGUGCAGAGUAGUUCAAUUUUAUUGCUUUACUCAAUUUCCAGCGUUGAACACUUCACCUUUUUUCCUCUGCUAUGGUCAAGGUGCUUGUUUCACAUUGAUCUCAUUUGUUUAUAAACAUUGUGAUUUAGUCUCACUUUUCUCUGUUCUUCGGUGUGAGAUUAAUAGUGUUAUCUCUCCUGUGGAAAUGUUAUUCUCAUCGUAAAUUUAUUGUAUGCGUAUAUCUUAUCAAUUUUUGCAUUAAUUAGCAAAAUACAUUUUAUUGUUAUUACAAUAAUUAUUACUGGUACACUUUUCCCCGCUUAGGUUUUAAAGAAUCGAUGACACAUUAUUGUGAAAGUGUUCAUUGACGAAUUUAACUAUUGUUUUAAUGCCACAUUCCUAGCCAUUCUUAUGAGGUAGCCUAAUCCAUUGAUUUUUCUCAUAUGAUUUCAUAGUUUACUUUCAAUAAUUUAUUAUAUCAUUGUUUCCAGUGCGAAAUCAACUAUAAAGUUGAAGUAACGAAGAAAGUGAGCUGUUCUGUGGACUUAUACUUUUAUGGAAGAAAUUUAUCUACUUG